CUAAGGGACAGUAAGAUUGGAUCGACUAGUAUGAUUCGUCAAAGUCAUACGUCAUCAGAGGUAGUAGAAUAGAAGCCCACGUCGAGUCGCUCUCUGAUGAGUCGAUCAAUAAACAGCUGCUUGAUUACUUGAGAAGCUCGUUCGAAGUUUCUGUUCAGUUGUCUGGUAUGUCUAGGUCAGUUGUCAUAAAUGCUAAUACCCCGUCAAAGUAAGAGUUAUUAUACAAAGACAGGUUAAUACCAAAAUUGAAUCGCUUCUCUACGGAGAAAAUACGUAGACGGCUUGUUACCGUUUUUUUUACCAUUUUAUAAGUGUUUUCUUCAGGUUGCAAUCGACAUUAUAUUACUUUCAACUGGCACUGUAAAAUCUAAAGGUUCCCACUUAGUCUGGAUUAAUAAAUCAUUCAUAAGUAACAGAAUCCCACUUUAUUGCUUAGAGUAACUACUGUUAGCCAGCCCUGAAUAACCACAUCGCGAACUUUUAAUUACUAUUUUUAAUAGUUGAAUUCAUGAGCCGAUCUGAGCUAGACCAUUAUUGAAACCCCCAAUCUGAUAAUUACUAUUUUGUUUACAUCAUAUAUAUUCGUCAACCAACCAAUCACAGCGUAACACAUAUCUGGAGUUGUAUAAAAUUCCACGUUAGAGUCUGACCUCUUAAGGAUGCGUUGGUUGUUGUCGUGCCUGUUCCUCGUCACAUCUGUGUCGUGUAGCAAGGUCCUUGAGCUCACUAAAGACGAUUUCCAUUCUGAGUUAAAGUCAAUCCCAGUUGCUCUGGUGAAGUUUUACGCCCCAUGGUAAUUUCGAUAGGGACUUACUAAAACUUCAUAUUAAACAGGUGUGGUCACUGCAAAAACCUAGCUCCUGAGUUCGCUUCAGCCGCAGAAAUCAUAUCCGGGAAAACUGGCGAUGUUAAACUCGUUAAGGUUGACUGUACCGCCCACGAAAGUAUCUGCUCAGAAUUUGGAGUUAGUGGCUACCCUACUCUAAAAAUCUUCAGGAAUGGAGAUUUAGACAGUGAAUAUAAUGGUCCAAGGAAUGCAGGUAGGGUUCAUAUUAUUAUAACCGGGGUUCAGAUGGAAUCGUCAAUUUUAUGAUGUCUCGAGCGGGACCUGCAUCCAAAGAAGUCAGCACUGUUAGUGAUGUCGAGAACUUCUUAUCAGACGACAAGCCAACUGUGUUUGCAUUUAUAAAAUCGUCUAGCGACCCAUUAAUGAAGAUUUUCAUGGCUCUUGCAAAAUCGAUGGUCGACGACGCUGUAUUUUGUCAUAGUCAUAAUAAUCUUUUUGUAACUCCUGAUGACUACGAAUUGAGAGUCUACUUGCCUAAACGUCUUCGAACAAAGUUUGAGGAUGACUUCGCUCUUUAUAAAGGAGAACUUGAAUCUAGCAAUAUUAAGGAAUGGAUCCGUAAACAUGGGUAAGGAAGCUGUUUCUUCUUAUUUUCGAUUUAGCCAGGGACUGGUUGGUUACAGAACACCGUCAAAUUCAUUUUACUUCGAAAAUGUCGAUUUAGUAGUAUUAUACAAUAACCAAUCCGUAGAUUCAUAUCCAUCUGGAAUAAAGUAUCUAAGAAAUCGUGUUUUCAAAACACUUAAGGACAAUCCUAACAAAUUCAAGAAUUUAGUAUUCGCUUAUAGCUUCUCGGACGACUUUUCUUAUGAACUAUCUGAGUAUGGUAUAGAAGCGGAUAAACUACCAGCAGUUGUAAUCCAAUCUAAAGGCAAGAAGUACAAGCUUGAGCAGUUUAGGUAAGUUGUUUUCGUAAUAACUGUUUUAGCCUCGAUGCAUUUUCUGAUUUUUUGAAUAAAUUUAAAGAUGGUCUUUUGACCCCACAUGUCAAGUCAGAACCUCUCCCAACAGACGACUCUAGUGCAGUUAGAAAGUUAGUUGCACUCAACUUUGAUGAGAUAGUAAAUAACGAAGAAAAGGAUGUAAUGGUCGUCUUUCAUGCUCCUUGGUGUGGUCAUUGUAAAAAUUUAAUGCCAAAGUACGAGGAAGCAGCCAGUAAACUAAAAAAUGAACCAAAUUUGGUCUUGGCUGCUAUGGAUGCAACCGCCAAUGACGUCCCUUCGCCUUAUCAAGUCAGGGGAUUCCCAACAAUCUAUUUCGUCCCUAAAGGAAAGAAAUCUUCACCUGUACCUUACGAGGUAAGUAUGUAGAUUCUCCUCACGUAUUCUUUAGGGUGGUCGUGACACUACUGACAUCAUCAAAUAUCUUGCACGCGAAGCUACUGAAGAACUUAAUGGGUACGACAGAUCAGGCAAUCCAAAGAAAAGUGAUCUAUAGGAUGUCUUUAAUAAUCUUAUUUUUCGAAACAUUGUAUUCUACUUUCCCAUUUUUAUUGAUUGUUUGGUAAAUCAUAAUUGUCAUGUAUUUCAACAUUUAGUUGGUAAUAAACCUGUUUUUUGAAAA